AGGCCCUUCACCCGCGAGUUUGGACCCCUUCUCAUGUAGAACGUGGUCCUGAGAUUGCUUUCGAUAUGCUCCGGCAUCCCGUUGGCAGCUUGUUUCUCUUGUACAAGUCGCAGCCAUGGUGAUCUUGUGUGGCUCGGCUGGCGACAGGGACGUGUUUCAGACAUGGCAAACAGACAGAAAAGAAAGUUGUAAAGAACAGCCCUCCUAGGGUCCAGCGAGCACGCAUCCACCAUAGACUAACAGGGAAAGGCGGCGGUAGACCUAAGCGCUGAAGUUGUCUAUACGUCUACACUGAUCGUCAUCGCGGUCGUUGAUUGAUACCACCGAGGCCGAGGAGCUUUAAGGCAUGAGUCCACUUGUCAAGACCAGGCAGAAGAAGCUGCAGCGGUUGUUAGCCCAGGCAGGUCCAUCUAGCCAGUCAAAGAAGCACCUCCGGAUGGGCAAGGUGAAAGCCGUUACCCCAGAUUCGGAUGAUGAAAUGAGCGAUGUCUCGAGAGAAUCAGACGCCGACGGCAACCUGAUGUCGCAGUCUGAUGACGAUGAGCCGCCGUCAUACGAUACUGGACCAAAAAUGGUGCUACGAGAAGAUCAACAUCUGAACAAAUACAUGAAAGUCGACAUUAGUGCAAUAUCAUGAUAACUUCCUUCAGUGUCGAAAGACAGCGGGGCUCGUGGAAAAAUUUCUUGGUCGUUGGCAACUUUGAUACCGGCGUUGCAUCGGAGGCGACGUCC